UGCAGAGGUGAGUUAGAUAAAGGUGUGUUUAAUCAUUAACUAUUGCAUGGGGUUUAAAUGUGUUCUCUUACAGCUCUCCCUCUUAGACUCUCUCACACACACUCUCUGUCUAGAGUAACAUCUGGCUGCAGUACCUCUAGAUUUCUGAUCUUCCUCCUGAUCCGACUCCAGCAGUAACAGUAAUAAUCAUCAGGAUGGUGAACUGGUGGAGUUUUUCAGCUGAGUCGUGGGCUCUGAUCGCGAUCCUCAUCAGCCUCAUCCUGCUGUACGGGUACUGGCCGUAUGGUUUCUUUAAGCCUUUGGGAAUUUCUGGUCCGAAACCGCUGCCGUUUAUCGGAACCUUAUUACACUAUCGGAAGGGAAUCCAUUUGUUUGAUAUGGAGUGUUUUCAGAAAUAUGGCAAGAUUUGGGGUAUAUACGACGCGAGGCAGCCCGUCCUCAGUGUCAUGGACAAAGACAUCAUCAAAACCAUCCUGAUUAAAGAGUGUUACUCUAACUUCACCAACCGCAGAAAUUUCCGUCUAAAUGGUCCUCUGUAUGAUGCCGUGUCCAUCGCUGAGGAUGAGGACUGGAGGAGAAUCAGGAGUAUUCUCUCUCCAUCGUUCACCAGCGGCAGACUGAAGGAGAUGUUUGGAAUCAUGAAGUCACAUUCUCAUUCGUUGGUUGCAAAUCUGCAGAAGACAUCGGAGCGAGGAGAAUCAGCAGAUAUUAAAGAGUUUCUCGGAGCCUACAGUAUGGAUGUGGUGACGAGCACAGCGUUUAGUGUCGAUAUCGACUCACUGAACAACCCCAAAGAUCCAUUCGUAACCAACAUCAAGAAAAUGCUGAAGUUUGACUUCCUCAGCCCUCUGUUCCUCGCCAUAGGUCUUUUCCCGUUUCUUAUUCCACUUUUGGAGAAAAUGGAUUUUGCCCUUUUCCCAACUGCAGUGACUGAUUUCUUUUACGCCUCGCUGCAAAAGAUCAAGUCUCAGCAUGUGACCAAAGAUCAUAAGAAGCGAGUCGAUUUCAUGCAGCUGAUGAUCGAUUCUCAGAAAUCAGAAAAAGACGAUCUGAACGGCAAAGAGACAAACAAAGGUCUGACUGAUCAUGAGAUCCUGUCCCAGUCCAUGUUCUUCAUCUUUGCUGGUUAUGAGACGAGUAGCAGCACAUUGUCGUUUCUCUUCUACAAUCUGGCCACUAAUCCAGAGACAAUGAAGAAACUACAGGAAGAAAUCAAUCAAACGUUUUCUAAUAAGGCUGAAAUUGAUUAUGAUUCUGUGAUGAACAUGGAUUAUCUGGAUGCUGCUCUGAAUGAGUCGCUCAGGUUGUUCCCAAUCGCUCUUCGUCUGGAAAGAGUCUGCAAGAAAACUGUUGAAAUAAAUGGCAUUAUCAUCCCAAAGGACACUGUCGUCAUGGCCCCCAUUUACGCCCUACAUAGGGACCCUGAAUAUUGGACUGAUCCAGAAACCUUCAACCCUGAGAGGUUCACUCAGAAGAAUAAGGAGAGCAUUGAGCCGUAUGCGUACAUGCCGUUUGGUUUAGGACCAAGAAACUGCAUCGGGAUGAGGUUUGCCCUUGUGGCCAUGAAGCUGGCUAUUGUUGAGAUACUGCAGAGAUUUGACAUCAGUCUUUCUGAAGAAACGAAGGUUCCUUUGAAGCUGUCCACCACCGGCCUUCUGGCUCCUGACGAGCCCAUCAAACUCUAUUUCACUCCUCGAAAAAUGUCAAAUUACUGCAACGGCACCCACAUCAACCCGUAGACUUCCAAAGGUUCUGCUACGUUUCACUGCAUUUCUGAUUUUUAAAUGUUUUUUGAAACAUUAAAAAAGUUCAGAGUAUUAAAGUCAAUCUGUACUGGAAGUUGAAAUGCCUGUUAGGUGUCAUGAUGUGAACAUUCCCAGGGUGAUUCCCUGUUUAGCCAAGAGUGCCAGUAAAGUGGACUUAGUGCUGAACCGCAUCUUUUUCUCAUUUCCACUUCAUCUGAAAUCAUUUAAAAAUCAUCUAGAAGAUUUCACUUGGAAGUAAGAUUUUAUUUUGAUAUAGCAUAAGAUUAAAGGUGCAACUAUUUCAGAUUUCUUCAUAACCAUUUUACCAAUCAGCACUACAGUUCAAAAGUAUGGAAACAUGCAAAUAAUUUACACCAUAUUACAUCUGUAGAGAAAAGACCAGAUUCUGUACAUUACGUACUUUCCAUCAUCUUAAUUUUCAUGUUUACUUUACAAUCUUUAAUGUUACUUUCACGCAGCUCACUUGUUACUACACAAUCUGUUAAUCAUAUCUAUCUGUGCUUUGUUAUUAAAUUCAAAAUACCGUAAUUUGUUGACUGUUCUGGUUGCAUGUAUACUGAAAUAUAUGAAAGUGGAUGUUUAUCUCAACGCUAAAAUUAAAUCAGUUCCUCUGCUGGA